UACAGCAGCUUGUGCAAGACACGUUACUAAAAAUAGGAACAGGGUAACUAGAUCCACCACCACAACAACACCGCUCUGAAAUAUAAAGUCGCCAAGCUGUGGCAGUAGACUAGAUCCAGAGUCUAGAUAACGCCAUCGGAGGUCGGUCAACGCUUAUAAAAAGGUGGAUACACAAAAAAAGGUACAGAUAGAUAGUUCAGCAAUAUAUACCAUGGCGUCUGGCACCUUAAAUCCUAUUACUCCAGUGAAAAGCCCUUGGGGGAAGGUAGCAACGGUAGUAUCUCCUUGCUCCCUGGAAGAUGUGAUGAGUGAACAGCUUGCUCUGGAAAUGGACAAAAAACAGCAUGAGCAAAUAGAGACUGCCAUCUUAGAGGAGCAAAGAUUUUUUGAUGAACUGAAGAGCAGUGAGGCUGCCUUCGUGCCAAUGUCUGAUGAAGAGUUGGCAGCUAAACUGGCAGCUGAAGAGCUUGGAGAAAACCCUAAUGAUGAAGUUUUAGCUCGCUUUUUACAGAAAGAAUUUGACAAAGAAUAUGAUGAAAUGAUAGAUAAAGUAGAGAAGAAGCACAAUGGCACCAACAAAGUAUCCAUUUCUUAUGAAAAUUAUAAAAUGAAGCACCAACACCAAGAAAUCAUGGAUGAGGAAGAGGACAGCUAUGAUGAAGACUACCCAGAAUUCCCUGCCCCUACCAGCUGGGACUCGCCCAAGCCUCUGAUUGGAAGUAGAGGCUAUUCUGGCAAUGGCAAGAAUAUUAUAACCAAACAUGAUGGAGAUCUGUGUGCAAGGCGGAAUGCAGAAAGAUUAAUGGAUUUCCCACCUGAUUUUGAAAGCGGUGAUGGAGAAGGGAUGGACAUGCGCCUACCCAAUCAUGUUUACAACCAACUCAAGUCUCACUCAGUUGUAGAAAACAAGAAAAGCCACAAAAUCCAUGAAAAGAAGGACCACUCCACUGCAAUUAAGGCGGUUGAUCAGAGAACAAGAAUUUUACUAUUUAAAAUGGUAAACUCUGGGUAUCUUUCAUCUAUUGAUGGAAUCACUAGUGAAGGAAAGGAAGCAAUGGUGUUUACAGCCUCAGGUGGAAUGAAGGAUGAAGUUGAACUACCUAAGCAUGUUAUCUUGAAAGUUUUUAAAACCACAAUGAAUGAAUUCCGCACACGAGCUAAAUAUGUUCAAGGAGACCACAGGCUAUCAAAGGAUGUUUAUAAAAAACAAAAUCCAAGAAAAAUUAUUAAAUUAUGGGCUGAAAAGGAAUAUUUAAAUUUGAAGAAGAUGCGAAGACAAAAUAUUCCCUGCCCAACCCCUCUAACCUUGAAGAAACACAUUCUUGCUAUGACCUGCAUAGGUGGGGAGAAGCCAGCACCCAAACUUAAGGAGACUAAAUUGGCAUUGGAAGAUUUACAAAUAGCAUAUGAACAGACAGUAGAGUUAAUUAAAAACCUGUACCAUAAAUGUGGACUAAUCCAUGCUGACUUGAGUGAAUAUAAUUUAUUGUGGCAUGAAGGUGAUGUGUGGGUGCUAGAUGUCAGUCAGUCAGUAGAGAAAGAAAACCCAAAUUCACAUGAUUUUCUCCUGCGGGAUAUUACCAAUGUUUGUGAUUACUUCAGACAAGCAGGGGUUCCAGGGGUAAGCACUCCAGAAGAUUUAUUUAUGGAGGUGACAAACUAUUCUCUUCAAGGCACAGGGAAAGAAUUUGCAGCGCAGGUCCAGCGCUACAAUAAAACAGAGUAUGCAUUUGAUUACUACUUUGAGCAGUCAGAAGAAGCCAGAGAUCAGGAGCUAGAUAGUGAGGACAGUAGUGAAGACAGUGAUGAUGAGGCCACACAGCAUAUUUCAAGUGAAGAUCCUAGUCCCGCAGAACAAAAAACCCAGUCAAAUAUCCAGACACAGCAGCCUGCAGAUGAAAACAUUUUAGAUAGCUCUAGUUGAUACCCUUUAAAUGUAAAAUAAAACGUGUAUUGCAUUA